AUGGCGCCUAAGAAGCAAUCAGUGCCAGAGAACAAGUCCUUGCCGGAAAUUCAGGAUGACCAAGAAGAACAAGAGUUGUCAGAGCUUCUUUCCUUGCUAUGCAUGGAGGAUGCCAUGGACAAAGUAGCUGGCUCCAGCACCGACACGGUUCAGGGCUACUUCAACAGGGUCAACCAAGAGGCAAAGAAAAUGAUGGCUGCUCACAAGAUGUUGAAACAGGAGCUUUCAACGCGUGAGAAGAUGAUCAAGAAAGCCAUUGCCAAAGCCAAGUCAGAGGCAAAUGCCACCAUCAAGAAACAGGAGAAGGCAAUGAAGCGGUUGGAGAUGAAGAACAUUACCGUCUUGUUCAAUGGGCAGCGCUUUAUGGUUCCUACUUGGGGCGCAAUGACGGUGGGAAUGCUCCGCAAGCACCUUGUGGUCAUGUGGAACACCAACAACUCCGACCGUCCAAUCGCCAAUGUCAGGGCAACCAAGCUCGCCGUCCUACACAACAUGGAGAAGCUCCAUUUGAAGCCGAGGGCAAGCUUGGGGUCUUUCAAGCUGAGCGAGGACAUGGUGCUUCACGUGUCCUUCAUGGCAGAUGAGGAUGAGGAUGCAGCGUCCUCUCUGAUUAAUGAUGAUGAGCAGUUUGAGGGCAUGGAUGGUGACUUGAUUGACGAUGAGCAGGACUCGGAUGAGCAGUAG